UUCCGGGUCUGGACGUCCUCACGCUCGAUGCCUGCGUGCUUGUUUGCAUCUGAGUUGCUUUGCUUUUCUCUGCUCGUUUUAGCGUAGUUUCUGCCGGGGCUUCCCCCGUCAUGAGCAAAGCUGCGGAUGGCAACGAUGAGUUUUACGAGCAGUUGCGGCUCCAUCAGUUGUACGGGACGCGGGGUCGGGAGGGGGAGCACGAUCCCAUCACUUACAAGGACCCCACGGAUGGCACUGAGUAUGAGUGGGACCAGGAAAAGAAGGCAUGGUUCCCUAAGAUAACAGAAGAUCUUUUGGUGAGGUACCAGGCAAACUAUGGCUUAAAUCUAGAAAAUGAUAACGUAACUUCCACUGAAUCUGCCAAACCUCCGGAAUCAAAAGAUCCUGAAAAACCUAAGGAAAUCCCAAACGAUCCUAAAAGCCAUUCUGACUCGUCAUCACAAAAGGCAAAGGGUGAGAAAAGAAAAGCAGACCCUGGGUGGUUUAACGUAGACCAAGAGAGAAAUACAAAUGUCUACGUGACUGGACUUCCGCUUGAUAUAACCAAUGAUGAAUUUGUCCAGAUCAUGUCCAAGUAUGGAAUUAUUAUGCGAGAUCCUGUGUCAGAAGAGUAUAAAAUAAAGCUGUACAAAGAUGGGGAAGGAAACUUGAAGGGGGAUGGCUUGUGCUGUUAUCUCAAGAGGGAAUCUGUGGAUCUUGCAUUGAAACUUCUUGAUGAUUACGAGAUAAGGGGAUACAAACUUCAUGUUGAAAGUGCGAAAUUUCAACUCAAGGGGCAGUAUGAUGCCUCCAAAAAGAAGAAAAAAUCCAAAGACUACAGGAAAAAGCUAUCUCAACAGCAAAAACUCUUGGACUGGAGACCAGAAAAGAAGGCUGGUGAAUUGAGAAAACGCUUUGAGCGUGUUAUUAUCAUUAGGAAUAUGUUUCACCCAAAAGAUUUUGAGGAAGAUCCUUUGGUACUGAAUGAGAUUCGAGAAGAUCUACGAACGGAGUGUGAAAAGUUUGGUCAAGUGAAGAAGGUCCUUAUAUUCGACCGACAUCCAGAUGGUGUGGCUUCUGUGUCUUUUAAAGAAGCAGAAGAAAGUGAUGCUUGUAUUCUUGCUCUUAACGGGAGGUGGUUUGGUGGUCGCCAGCUUGUGGUGGAAUCGUGGGAUGGAGUGACGGAUUACCAGAUUGAAGAAACCUCUCGAGAAAGAGAAGAGCGGCUCAAAGGAUGGGACAAUUUCCUGCAAACUAAUGAACAGAACACAACAGAAGGUGCCAGCCAUGGUAGCUCAGUCCCCUGUGAUAAUGGACAGACAGUUGAGAAGCAGGAUAAUAAAAGCUCAUCUUCAAAAAACAAGGACAAUGACUCUCAUGACGAUGAUAUUGAGAAAGUGGAUCAUGCUGAAGGCGAUUCUCAGUCUACAGAUAGCAACAUUGGCAGCAGUGACGAUGAAGCAGAUAAAGGACAGUUGUAGUUUUGUAAAUUCAUCUCCAGUAGCUUGCUUUGUGUAUCCCCCCCCCCCCAGUGACUCCAGGGCGAUGCAUACCUAAAUCGAGCUGUCAUGAAGUCUUCAUAACUAAUGUUUAUUAAGAUGUACUGGGGGUGAAAGACAGAUAUCGGAAUGAAUGUCUUCUUGUGUGUUUUGAAUAUUUGCCGGCAGCCCAUAAAACUGGAGAAACUUGUUUCUGCUACAGUCACUUCUUAACCAAUUCGAGUGAAUCCAUCCCAAUGCAUUUGUUUUAUGCCUAAAAUUGAAUGUUGGUAUCAGGUAGAUGAAAAUUGCAGUGAAUUUAAAGAUUCCUUUUAAAACUUUAUUAAUUUAGAAUUUAAGUGCCUCCGUGUAGUAAUAAAUGAAGGUGUUAUCGAGGAUGAGGGGUUUGGUAUAAGACUUCUCAUCAACGUCACCCGUUUGUCAGCACAAUAAAAUGACACUGUAAAUAUUAUUUCUAACAAAAACAGGCGCUUUUAAAGCUGGAUUUCAAGGUUUUGUGCAUGCAAUAUUUCAUCUAUAUGAUACUAAACAGCCAUAGUCGGCCCAAAUGCUCUCAUGUCAAUAUCUUGAGAUGAAUGUUUAUGUUGAUGAGAUCUGUUUCAUUUCAUACAAGCAUGGCUAUGACAAAAAGUGUCAUUCAUUUUAGAUUAAUUUCAAGUGUAAACUUUCGUAGUUUUAAACGUUUUAGGCAGUGAAAUUCCUUCCAACCUCUGCUCUGGUAAAUAACACCAAAUUAUGUCCAUCUAGUUUGCAAUUAUGUUUUUUUGAUCAUACAGUUUGGAUAUAGCACCAAAACAUGCUAAAAUGACAUGGCAAAUGCUUAACAAUUAACGUGUGUCCUUUAGGGUGAAAUACCACCAAUUGUUUUCAUGAUUUAUAAUUUUUAAAUAACUGUUCCAUGUUUUAUAGGCUGACAUUCUGCUGUGAACUGGUGUUUAUGAAAUUGUAUUUGUAUUAAAAUUUCAAUUUGUUUGCA